AUGAAAUACUUCCUGGAUGAGUUUUGUCGCGUUCUGGAAGUGAGUUACGAGAUCCUGCGUCCCUCUGAUCGAAUGUGGGGCAUCAUGCUACCCAACGGCACUUACAACGGCAUGGUGGGGAUGCUGCUCAGGGAGGAGGUAGACUUCGCCUUGGGUCCAUUCUUCCUCAGCGACUCGAGGGAGAAAGUGGCAGAUUUCACCGCCUCCUUUUACUAUGACUCCUACUACAUCGUGUCGCAACGCCCCAUUGCUUCCAGUGACCCCUCUGGAAUUAUCAAGACGUUUCACCCCCAGGUUUGGCUGUUGGUGGCAGUGUGCAUGGCGGUGGUGGGUGUGGUGAUGAUGGCCAUGAUGUGGCUCACUGAGAGGCUGCCGGGGAAUGGGGACCGUCUCGUGUGUCCAACGUCGUGGCUGCCUGAAAACGCCAGUGGCCGGCUGAUGGUGACAGUGUGGGUCCUCUCCUCCUUGGUGAUCGCGUCUGUCUACCGGGGAAACGUCACCGCCAUGCUCACGCUCCCAAAAAUCGCGGUGCCAAUUGACUCCAUAACAGAUCUCACCAAACAGAAUCGCUUGCCCUGGAAAUUGGAACACGGAGGGUUGGAAAAUUUUUUGCUGAAAUCCAAAGAUAAAGCGAUGCAGAAAAUGGGCACCGAAUAUUCAGGUUUCAUCCCGAGCUGCUGGUCUGCGCGCCGCGAGAUCCUGGCUGGGGAAUUCGCCACGGCAUGCGACAAGACCUCCACCAUGACCAUGAUGGCUUGGGACUUCAGAAACUUAUAA